AUGGAGAGAAAUGAUCGUAAAACGAACUCUAGAAAUCAUUCAAUCACUAUAGAUCGUGAUUCGAAGUUUAUCUUGCGAAAAGUGUUGUUGGAUUUCGCGAUAUUAUUUGUCGUCGGUUUUUUAAUCCUGGUGUUCUACUUGUGGGGUGCACCGUACGAGAGAGGCUUCUUCUGUGAUGACGAAUCGUUGAAGCAUCCAUACAAGGAUUCCACUGUCACUAAUCUGAUGCUGUACAUCAUUGGGAUCGGCCUGCCAGUAUUAUCGAUGUGUCUCACGGAAUGGAUCAGGCUCCGUGACUAUAAGGGCGGCCGGUCUAGGAUGAUCCUUGGUAAAGAGGUUCCUGCCUGGUUCUGGGAGGCCUACAGAGUGGUCGGAGUCUUCCUGUUUGGAUGCGCCUGCCAACAACUCACUACAGACAUCGCCAAGUAUACUAUUGGAAGACUUAGGCCGCAUUUCUUCGACGUUUGCAACCCGGACGUCGACUGUACAUUGCAAGAGAACAAGUGGCGUUACAUAGAGGACUUCACGUGUCUCGGAACAGACACCAAGCUGAUGAAGGAGAUGAGGCUGUCCUUCCCCAGUGGACAUUCAUCCUUCUCAGCAUAUACUAUGCUGUAUUUCGCGAUGUACCUUCAAAAGAGAUUCACUUGGCGCGGCUCGAAGUUAUUGCGACACGGGAUCCAGUUUCUGCUUGUGAUGAUGGCUUGGUACACGGUCAUGUCGCGAGUAUCUGACUACAAACAUCACUGGAGCGAUGUAUUGGCCGGCUUCAGUAUUGGACUAUUAUUCGCUAUUAUUGUGGUGAGCUAUAUGUCUUACUAUAACUUUCCUUAUUAA